ACUUCUCCUCUCUCUCUCUCUCUCUCUCUCUCUCUCUCUCUCUCUAAAAUCUGAUUCUCUUCGUUAUAAAUUGCCUCGCUCAGUUCAAAAUUCUGUCUCCAAGCCUCCAUGACCGUUGAUUUUGAUGAACCCUACUGCAGCGAAGUCUUCCAAGAUUCAUCUCUUCAAGAUUGAUUCUUCUUCAAUCGAUCGGUUCUUGUAUGCCUCGCCUUCUGAUUUCUAGGGUUUUGUGAUCUGGUCAAGAGCCUUGCUAUGGACUAUGAGCUCUCCGAUAGUAGCGGUACUGAUGAUGAUCUUCCUCCAUCACAUCAAAAUAGAGGUUCAAGAGGAGGUCGUGUUGCAGGAAAUGGAAGAUCUGUUGUAGGUUCUGCCCCAUACCCUAGGUUGCAUAGUGAUAUGGAGACCCAGAUUCACCACCUUGAGCAAGAAGCCUACAGUUCUGUUUUGAGAGCUUUUAAAGCUCAGUCCGAUGCCAUUACUUGGGAUAAGGAAGGUUUAAUAACAGAACUUAGGAAAGAGCUGAGGGUAUCAGAUGAUGAACACAGAGAGCUUCUGGCCAGAGUUAAUGCUGAUAACAUAAUUCAGAGGAUAAGGGAAUGGAGACAGGCAGGUGGGCACCAAACUGCUAUGCUCAGCAUGUCUCAGCAUGCUCAUGAUCAAAUACCUAGUCCUACUGUUUCAGCAUCUCGCAAGAAACAGAAGCUAUCUCAAUCGGUACCUUCUCUUUCAUUUGGUGUCUCAUCACAAGCUUUACACCCUCAAUCAGUAGCUCCUGCAUCAGUGCAGCCAUCGCCAUCGACCAUGAAACGAGGACCUGCAUUAGGUGGCCGGGGGAAAAAAUUUAAACCAGGUCAACCAUUUCCUGGUUUAUCCUCAGUGAAGUCUAUGCAAUACCAUUCAAGCAUUCCUGCAGGAAGGGGUCAAUUUCGCACUUCUUCUGGCACCCUCACAACAAAUGAACCUGCUGAGCCUGGAACAUAUGAUCCAUUAAUUGGAAGGAAGGUGAUGACGAGAUGGCCUGAAGACAACAACUUCUAUGAGGCUGUAAUUACUGAUUACAACCCUCUUGAGGGUCUACAUGCUCUUGUCUAUGACAUAAAUACAACAAAUGAGACUUGGGAAUGGGUUGAUCUCAAAGAGAUUUCUCCUGAGGACAUCCAAUGGGAAGGGGAGGAUCCAGGAAUAUCACGUCAAGGAGGGCGUGGCGGACAAGGUCGUGGUGUUAAGAGAUCCACAAGCCGUGGUGUUGCUCUUCCAAGUGCUGGAAGAGGGAGAGGAUCCACAAAGGUUCAAUCCAAUAGGGAAUUCCCCCCAUCUCAAAAUGGGAUCGGGAAGAAAGUUUCAGAUUCGGAUGAUAUUGAAAUAUUUCACACAGAUACACUAAUAAAGGAGGUUGAGAGGGUAUUUGGUGCAAGUCAUCCUGAUCCUGUUGAGCUUGAAAAGGCAAAGAAAAUGCUCAAAGAGCAUGAGCAAGCAUUGGUUGAUGCAAUCUCAAGGCUUGGGGAUGCGUCUGAUGGUGAAAGUGAUGAAGAGCAGCCUCUCUCACAUGGGCAACGAAUGGACCGAGAACAGGGAUGGAGAACAGGUGGUGGGGGUGAGAUGGCUGGAGGAAUGCCUGAUGGUUCUGAGGGUGGUGAAAGGAUGGCAGGGGUGGGUAGAACCGCUUCAGAUGACCAACAAGACAAUGAUAUUGAUGACAUCUAAUUUCAUUUAUUUUUUGAUAAUUUACUUUUGCCUAGUCAGUUAGGUUUCUUUGGCUAGAAAAAUCUUUUUUUACUUGUAACAAUCCCUUGCUCUAACAUAUGCAUGUUCUGGUUUUUGCCAAAAGGAUAGAAAGUUGUAGGCCAUGCAAUUUAAUGUAAAACUAAUUAUUAUGUCAGUGUUAUUGCGUGAAACAAUGUAAAAUUUUUGUGGGUA